UUCUCAUGUGGAAAGAGGUGCCGUCGGAUUCGGCACCACCCGGCGAUAAGAGCGCUCUCGUUUCGCACGUCACAAUCUUUUCCUUCCAAAAUCAUUAAAGAAACUGUUCAUAAAAUUCCGCUAGAAAUUAAAAUAAUUCGAACCCGUUUCUGUCCGUGUCCAGACCCACUUCCGAGAGACCAAAAUCUCACUUUCUAUCUCUUAUUUUCAAUUUUCAUUUGGCUUCUUCCCCCAAAUCUCAGUGUGCCCACCAACCCCACCCAUCUCAAUUUCACUAUGUUUCGAUAAUGAUGCGUUUUUGAGUUUCCCAUCUCUUUCAAAUGCGAUUCUAACUUCUUCAUCUCCCUCCAAUUGCCUCUGUUUUUCGUUUUCAGAUCGCUUGCUGCUCGAUCCUUUUCUGCAGAUUCAAACCCAUUGUUCUUGAGGUUUUUCGAUUGUGUUCUUGAUUUUUCCUGCUUUGUUGUUUCCGCAUUUUAUGCCCAUUUUGGGAAGGAUCACGUCCCGCUGUUUGUUGUUUUUGGGUAGUUUCUUAUCUGACCACAACGCUUUUACAUUACGAUUCUUCCCUUGGGAUUCCCUCGAAUGCCUGAACUCUGGUAGAUUUUGCUCAGUUCAUCGAUCUCCCUGUUGAUCAAAUCCAAGAAACUGGGUGCUGGAUUGUGUCUUUAAGGAUUUAAGGAUCAACUGGGAAACUGAAACGUCUGCUUUGUAUUUUCGGUUUUUGGGGUCUCAACAGCAAUGCCUCGGUGUAGGGUGGACAAGGAUGAAGGAGAGAAGCACCCUGGUUUGCUCAAACUGAUGCAGAUUCUGUCAUUUUUGGUUGUUUUUGUGGCUGGAGUUGUCAUUGGAUUAGCAACAACUUCACAUAUUAGCAGAUACUUCACCUCACAGACUGAGCUUUAUUCUCUAAUCAAUCAUUUUUCUGUUCCUAAUACUCUGGUGGAAGAGAACUGUAGUGGUUCAGACAUGUGUAAGGGAAGGGAGUGUUCAAGUUUCCAUUUAUUCAUCCAUCCAGAGAAUUUGACCCAUACCAUGUCUGACGAUGAGCUCUUCUGGAGAGCUUCAAUGGUGUCAAAGAAAGAGGAUUACUAUCCCUUCAAAAGGAUACCAAAAGUGGCCUUCAUGUUCUUAACCAGAGGACCACUGCCCAUGCUGCCAUUAUGGGAGAGGUUCUUUUCUGGCCAUGAGAAGCUGUUUUCUAUUUAUGUGCAUGCCCUACCAGGCUACGAGCUAAAUGUGACCAGCAGCUCUGCUUUCUACAGACGCCAAAUUCCCAGCCAGUAUGUUUCUUGGGGCUCAGUAUCACUUGCUGAUGCCGAGAGGCGCCUUCUAGCAAAUGCCCUGCUUGACUUUUCAAAUGAACGUUUUGUUCUGCUUUCUGAGAGCUGUAUCCCAGUGUACAACUUUCAAACAGUCUACAAAUAUCUGAUAAACUCUGCCCACAGUUUUGUAGAAUCAUAUGAUGAACCGACCAGGUACGGGCGUGGUCGCUAUAGUCGCAAAAUGCUUCCAGAUAUUAAGCUCCAGCAUUGGAGGAAAGGGUCCCAGUGGUUUGAAAUCAGCCGUGGUCUAGCCGUUUAUAUUGUUGCAGAUACCAGAUACUACACUCUGUUUAAGAAUUUCUGCAAGCCUGCUUGCUACCCAGAUGAGCACUAUAUCCCUACUUACUUGAACAUGUUUCAUGGUUCUCUGAACUCAAAUCGCACGGUGACAUGGGUCGAUUGGUCGUUGGGAGGCCCGCAUCCUGCAAUGUACGAACCAGCUAACGUCACUGAGAGUUUUAUAGAAUCUAUAAGAAAUAAUGGGACAGAGUGCCUAUAUAAUUCCGAAACGACUACUGUUUGUUACCUCUUUGCUCGAAAGUUCGCUCCAUCUACCCUGGAGACCUUGCUUAACCUGACCUCAUCAGUAAUGAAUUUUUGAACAUUCUAGUUAAAAGCAGACACGUCUGUUGUUCUUUUUCUUUUUAUCUCUUUUGGGUGGGGUGGCGGGAUGGAUCGACCAAGUUCCUAGGCUUUGGUGGCACAUUUUGUUAUAGAUGCCCAUCUACAUUGGUGGAAGAAUGAUUCAGUUUUGGUUCAAAUGUAUAGAUUUUUGUUAAGAGAUUUGAGUUCCCCUUUUGAGAGAUACUCCCGCAAGAAUUGAAUCCUUCAAAGAAGGAAAAAUGUAGUGUAGUAAUUUAUUUUUAUUUUAUUCAUUGCCUAUUUGCUCCA